AUGGAACAAUCCUUGUCCGCAGCCAAACCAGUAGAUACCGUCGAUUAUCUGAAUAUUGGGAACUCUUGUACGAACGAUAUCGGAAUGUGGCGUAUCAUCCUGUGGUUCUCCGAUAAAUACUUGGACGACAACAAUAAUCACGGUUGGCUGCAACACAUUCGAUCAAAGUUCAAGAGCGACGUCAACUUCAAUCUAAACUCCAAGACAUUCGUUCAAUAUCGAGUACCGAUCGAUGAAUUUCCGCUGUUUGAUAUUCUAAUAUUGAAAACGUUCACACCGGCCAUAUAUACUUUAGACGGUAAAAACACAGAUCGAUGUUAUUAUGUUAUGAUCGAGCAGAGAGGAACAGAU